CGUAGAUAGAACGUUUUAUGCUCGUAACCAAAUUGGCUUCAGUAUUUUUUCUUGUUACUAGCCGCCUAAUUUGUUGGUCACGAAAUUGUGGUGUUUUAGAAAUUCGCAGUGGAUAGCGUUAUAAUCUUUUCGGUGCCUAAAGUCUCAGCAUUCGUGUCGCACUACGCCAUUUAAGAGUUUGUUCGGCAACACUUUUCCACUGCAAGUUGAAGCCCGAACGUUCCCUUCAUCGCUCCCUGGAUAAAAUAGCGAAGCAAAUGAAAAUGAAGAUGCCUGACAAUAGCAUCGGUGGAAGCAGCUCCAACAACUACAACCAUGUCAACAUUAACACUGCAACCACGGCGUUAAGGAACAACGGUGGAGGUGGAGGCGAUGGCGAUGGCGGCGGCAAUGGGUCAGCUUACUUCAGCGACCAUUAUGACUCUGACGCGGACAGUGUCGGCUCGCACUCGCACGAGGAAAGUUCUGGUCCUGUCGGCGAUGACUUCGCCGAGUAUAUGUGGAUGGAAAACGAGGACGAGUUCGACGAACAGGAAUUGCAACGCCUUGAAGAGGAAGAGCUUAUGGACCAGUGCAUAGAGGCGAUGAUGUUAGACGAAAUGGCAGCGGCCGAGCGGAUGGCCGGCGCAGCAUUCAUGGGCAACGUUCCGCGGGAAAGCGGCCUGAUGAACAUUCUGUCUAGUCUACAGCACGAUAAAGAACAGCAACAGCUACUGGCAAAGGCAAAGAACGUAAAUGUGGAGACCUCGACGUUGAACCCGCUGGCCGCCGAGUUUGUACCAUCGUUGCGUUCGCUAGUGGCGCCGAUACCCUACUGAAGCCAUGCUAUGUAAACACACAAAUCAUCUUAAAAGGUACGCAAAUACUCAACAAAAAAAGCAAACCAAGGGAGGGAAAAUAGGAAAUUUUUAUAACCCCGAGGAGUUUGUCUGAAGUGUCCAAAUCAGUACGUAUUUUUGCCUAAGAACUACACAAGACAGUCUGGCAGAUGUCCAAUGGAAAUAUGGUACAAGUUUCAAUUUACUUUUCCAUGAAAAGUAAGGCAUUAUAUAGUUUUACCGUUCAUUCAAACACUUAACACAAAAUAAUGCUAGCUUUUCGAAAAUCUUCAUUAUAUUUUGCUUUUGUACUUAAAACGUAUCUAACGGAAAACGUCCGGACCACCCUUAUGCUUCGAAUACCGACCACUCUUUAUAGCACACGCAUCGUAAUGUGUGCUAUAAGUCAACGAAUAUAUAUUUUUGCUCUCAUGACCAUCACUCGCAAAUCAUAUGGCGAUGGUUCAGUGAGUAGCUGCUGCGUUUGCCUUAGAGGUUUUAUUCAUGCUCCGGUCUAGAGGAUGAUCUAGAACUUUUCAGUCCGUGCACUUCGAGGCGCAUUAUAACUGCGGCCAAGGGAAUUGCAUAUCAAAAGCCGUUUUUGCCGAGUUUGGUGACAAAUUACUGUUUUUAAGGAUACAUCCCGACAGAUUAAUGUGUAAAGUUCGCUAGUUGAGUAGUACAAGUUCCUUUUAAAGUUGUUGUUUCCCUCCGCCCCGCGCCUACGAUAAUGAAUGGUCUGCCGUACGAAUAUCUACAUUUGCGCUCCUUAUAUAGAAAUAUACACACGGUGUAGCGGCUACGUUUAACGAAUUUUCAAACAACAGGAAAUCUCGGCCCUUCUGCGCCGAUCGUCUCUUUCUAGAUUACUGUUAGUGAUUAGCCGUAAGCUGGGUAAAUGCCCGUCGAAAAACAAACACAAAAAAAUGUAUAAAAAGUCAACAAAAAAGUCUGCUGUAUGUGUUAAUAUUAUGAUUGUGCGUGUCAAAGGCUGUGGUGUGCUGUAAGGCGACUGUUGGAUUGCCUAACACCAAGUGGUAGAACAUUUCUUUUCCUAGAGAAAGGAUGAUGCGUCAACUGUGAUACAACUAUCGUUGAUUCAUAUCCAUAGCGUUGAAUUAAGCCAGUAAGAUUUUUUGUAUUGCGUUUCUGUUCUUUGUCAUUUUUAUUGCACUU